AUGGAUUUCGACCACGCGAGUCUGCGGUCCAGCGCUACAGACAUAGACUCUGAAUCUUCUCCCGUGUCUGCUUCAAACGCGCUCCUUCCUCCCGGUUCUCUAUCAACUUCUUGCUUUCCUGCCUCUUCUCUCGAAGCCUCCUCGCUGUACACCAACUGUCCGCCGUCUACCUUCGACUCCCUGCUCCCGUGGAAGUCGCCUUCCUCCCCUACGUCGCAGUCAUCUCCGUCUCUUCCUCCCGCGUCUCCUCCGCUUCCCCCGUCCUCCUCUCCUUUCUUGCCUGUCUCCACCUUUCCUGCUUCUGUGCUGUCCACUUCUACCUCCCCGCCCCCGCUUUCUUCUCCUGCCCCCUCUCUUCCUGUGUCUUGUGUCUCCCUCCCUUCUGCCGAGGUGGGUUCUGCAAAUUCCUCUACUUCCUCUUCUGCAGUGUCUGCGGGUCUCCAGGCUGGUGCGUCCGGCUCUCAGCCUUCGCUUCUGUGCGAUCCUUCGCUUCCCGUUGGCCCUCCGCCACCGCCCUCUUUCCUCUUUGAUCUGCAGUCCUUCUCUCCCUCGGCGCGCUUCUUUGCGAGACUUCAACACGGAGGAGUGUCUGCAGCAGAGAGAGAUGGAGCCGACUCGCCUUCUCUCUCUUGUUUGCCCUCACGCUCCAAACUGGCUCCUUCACCUGGCGGCGCAGCCGACGAACAAGAGGGUGACUUCCCGAGCCUCAGUGGCCAAGAGAGACAUGCGCUACUGACCGGCGGAGGCACCGUGGAAGAAGAAGGUGACCCUCUUCUCUCUUCCUUCGAAGAGCUCGAGGAAGGCGUCCUUUUCCCCCUCCCGUUUUGUCCGCCUCCCGAGUUCCUCUGGCGCACCUCGAGCGACACAGAAGACUUCUGGGGAGAAGGCGACCUGGAAGAAGACAGAUUCCCCAGUCUCUUUCGCGGCGACCCUCAGGUGUACAGACAGCUCCUCCACCGGCACUUCGAACCGCGACCGGCCAGUCAGCGGUCGUCGCGAGCGAAGGGCGCGGGGUCUCGCAGCGCUGACGAGCUUCUGGUUCCCGUGGAGCUGCAGGACGAGUACCUCGCCUUCUCGCCUGAGCCGUUUGCGUCGACCUGUCUCUCUCCGGCGGUGUUUCGAGAGCGGGCAGACCGCAUCUCUGAGGCCAUUGAAGCGCUUGUUGUCCCGCCGCCUCCGCAGCCGCUUCCGCUGAGAUUCAGAAAGUUCAUUUCCCUCGCCGAGAAGCUCCAGAAGAAACAGACAAGCGCCCCGACAGAGGUGCAGGAAGCGAGGAGCGAACCAACAAACGAGGGAAGAGAGAGACGAGAUGCAGCGGUGGGUGCAACUAGACACCCCAGCCGGUCUCCUGACUCCACAUUGACUCACUCGUCGUCGGCGUCUCCUACGUCUUCCUCUCCCUCUCCCUCUCCUUCUUCUGUCUCUUCCUCUUCUCCGUCUGCUUUCUCUUCGUCUUCUGUCUCUCGCUCGUCCGACCUUUCUUGUCUUGUCAGUUACUUUGCGUUUUUUUUCGCCGCUGGAGUUCGGGUGCCGUCUGUCGAGGAGGCGGUGGGGUGGAGCGUGGCGCGGGAGCUGCGUGCAUGGCCUGAGACACUCGAGGUGUCUGUACGCCGGAGCUUGGCCGAGGCGCUGAGGCACAGCCGCGCGCGCCGCUUCAACCGCUUCGCCUGUCGCGUUGCCUGGCCGCCGCUCCUCCCUCAGCUCUGUCCGUACAGCGAAGGGAAUCUCUGGGUGGCUUUCCGCGAGGCAGUCGCCCUAGCUUCGUUCAGGAACGUGCAGGAUCUUUUUCGCUCGCGAUUCAGCCGGCAAAUCGACCUCCACAACUUCGCUCUCAACCAGCAUACUCUUCAGCAACGCGCGCACCAGCAGAGGGCAAGGCGUCGGGCGGAGCGCGGGUGCACAAGGGCAGGCGAACGCACAGCGACGCCUGCAGAGGAAGGCCCCGAUUACAGUCUCGAUACAGGGAACAGACCUAGAGACCACAGUCCAGUUCACUCUCCACGAAGAGAUUCCAGUACUUCUGUGCCGGGGUCCUCUUCUUCAUCCGCGGUGUCUUCGGUUACAUCUUCUUUCUCCUCAGUCUCAGGUGUUUUAUCUCCUCUCCCAGGCUCUUCUUCCUCUUCUUCGGUCUCUUUUUCGUCGUCUUCCUCCUCAUGUUCCGCGUCGGCGCCUUCCAGACUGGACGAGAGGGUGGACGCGAGGGAAACGGUGAUUUCGGUGUCUUUUUACCACGCGACGCGGGGCACCAAGUUGGCCUCUUUCGACUUGCUCGCGUCGCAGACGCUGCUGGACCUGCGGCGCGCGCUUCUCGGCUGCUGCGAAGGCGAGUCGGAGCCGGGAGUCCCGCUCUUCCCUGCCAGCUGCUUCCUCAUAGACGGCGUCCUGUUUCCUGACACGCGCUGUCCCGGCAGCGAAACGGAGUAUGCAGACCUGGUCGCCGACCACUUGCGAGAAACCGGCAAGCUCGCGACGAAGGAACGCGUCUUCUUUAGAAAGAAGCGCCUCAGACAUCCGCGCCUGGAGAACCCAGAAGGGAGAACCGGAACAGGCACAGAAGGACGAGGCGAAGGACGCGAGGAAGGAAGAGACGUAGUUGAAGACAUGGAAGAGAGAAGGAAGAAGGAAGAGGAGAGAAGGCGGCGGCACCGCGCACGAGUGGAGAGAAGAGGACGCAUCCUGGAGAGAAGACUGGAGAGGGUGGCAGGAGCGAGAGGGGUCGUCGAAGAGAGGGAAGUGUGGAUUGUCGCCGCGCCUCCUGCCAAGUGUCUGGACGGCGUGCCUCGAGGGCGGGCACAGCCGCGAAGCGCGAGCGCGCGACGCAGCGACGCGAGAGGAGAAGAGAACCAAUUCUCCGCAAGAGAAGAUGACAGAGAGCGACUCGAGAGGUGGACGGGAGAGGACGGUGGAUGUACAGCAGGGGGCGUGAGGCGUUGGAGCGCCGGAGCUCGAGACGCUCCGCGGACUUGGCUGGGAGGCGACGGAGACAGCGGGGCGGGCGCCUGCUUGCCUGGAGGGGAAGGAAGCGAACGCGUCUCCGACAGCAGUGAAGAGGAAAUCGAGAGAGAAGAAGACGUCGUCAUCAUUCCACAGCACGAAGCCGUGUUGAGGGACCUCGUGCUGCCUCUGCGGUCGCCUGCAUGUUUCCUCCACCAAGGGACUUGUGAGCACCGCGUAGUCUUUUGGAACCUGCGGCAGUUCGACCCGCGACGGGACUGUACGUACACUGCAGCAUACCCCGUGAGGACGUACAAGCCGGCGGGAAAGACGGUGGUGUGUCACGCCUGUGAGCAGAGUCUGGCGGUCAAAGGCGUCGUCAACAGUUUUCUCUGCGCGCUCCACAACCCAACGUACCUCUGCUCUGCGUGCUACCGGCUGCUCUUUGGAGACGGGCAGCGCUCGACGACGCUUUCGCCGAGAAGCAAAGGUGGAGAGGGCGGGACGCGAGUAGAAAGCAACGCGCAAGAUGCACUCGACAGAGAAGAAGAAGACGAAGAAGAAGAGGAGCCCUUUGCUGUCCACUUCGACCUGUUCGACGGAUAG